CAGCAGGGGACCCACUCCGAAAUUCCAACCUGAACCAGCCACUUCAUCCUCUCUCCAACAGAAAAAAACAACAACAACAGGGCACACUCAGAAUGGCCACUCAUGUUCUCUUCGAAAGCUCUGCCGGGUAUGCCCUAUUUGCGGUCAAGUUCACCGAAGAGAUUGCCGGCCGAACGAAGGCCGUUCAAGAAGCAAUCCCCAAUCUGAGUAAAUUUGGGAAAAUGAUCGAGUUGAAGAGCUUUUUACCCUUCAGGGACGCUGCUCAUGCCUUGGAAAAUGCUAACGAUAUCUCAGAAGGUUUGAUGUCGGAACAUUUGCAGUCCCUACUAGAACUCCAUAUCCCAGCCAAAAAAUCGUCGAUAGUCCUUGGAGUCGCCGAGAGGGGAUUGGCGGGUUCCAUCAAAGCAAGCUUAGGAAUCGAGUGUGAUGCGUCAGAUCGAUCUCUAGAACUCAUCAGGGGCAUUCGGUUGCAUGCCGAAAAGCUAUUGACUGGUUUGGAGAAGGGAGACAUGGACAAGUCUCAACUGGGACUAGGCCAUGCCUACUCAAGAGCAAAAGUCAAAUUCAACGUCAAUCGAAGUGAUAACAUGAUCAUCCAAGCUAUUGCUUUACUCGACCAACUCGACAAGGAUGUUAAUACUUUUGCCAUGCGUGUUCGGGAGUGGUACGGAUGGCACUUCCCUGAGUUGGUCAAGAUUCUGCCCGACAGCCAUCAGUACGCAAGCCUUGUCAAGUUCAUCGGUGACAAGAGCAAGCUUACCGACGAGAGCCUCGAAGGUAUCACCCAACUAGUCGAGGGUAAUGAAACCCUUGCCAAAAACAUCCUCGACGCUGCCCGGUCCAGUAUGGGUACCGACAUCUCGCCUGUCGACCUUAUCAACAUCCUGAACUUUGCCGACCGAGUAAUCCAACUGUACGACUAUCGCAAAUCUCUCCAGGCCUAUCUCCGAGAAAAAAUGGACCUCGUCGCACCCAAUCUAGGCGCUCUGAUUGGCGAUACAGUAGCCGCUCGUCUGAUUAGUCACGCCGGAAGCUUGACCAAUUUGAGCAAAUACCCGGCCUCGACAGUUCAAAUCCUCGGCGCCGAAAAGGCACUGUUUCGAGCGCUCAAGACGAAGGGUAACACACCGAAAUACGGAUUAAUUUACCAUAGUACGUUCAUCGGGCGGGCAGGAACCAAGAACAAAGGACGAAUUUCACGUUUCUUGGCCAAUAAAUGUUCGAUUGCUUCGCGAAUCGAUUGUUUCACUGAUUCACCCAGUACUGCGUUCGGACAAGCGUUGCGUGGGCAAGUUGAGGAGCGACUAGCGUUUUACGAAACCGGAGCCAAUCCUACUAAGAACAAAGUCGCCAUGGAGGCUGUUUUGGAAAAGAUGAAGGCGGCUGAAGAGGAACUCAAGAGCUCAACUACCAAGGAAUCUGCCAAACCUAAGAAGCGGAAAAGCUCAGCUUUGGAUGGGACUGACUUGGCUGACCCGGCUGAAGAGACUGAUAAGAAGAAGAAGAAAAAGAAACGAAAAUCGGAUGCUACUGAAAUUGCCGAGGGUGACGUCUCCAUGGACGUGGACACAUCUGUGAUUAAAGAAAAAUCGAAGUCCGACAAGGAAAAAUCAAAGUCUGAUAAAGAAAAGUCCAAAUCUGACAAGGAAAAGUCUAAAUCGGAAAAAGAAAAGUCUAAAUCGGAUAAAGAAAAAUCUAAAUCUGACAAAGAAAAAUCCAAGUCGGAGGGCAAAAAGAAGAAAAAGCAAUCGGCUGAAUGACUUGUUUUAUCCACUUCUUGAGCCCUGUUAAUUCUGAUCAUUCUUUCCUUUUCUUUCUGCUUUCUCACUUACGAGAUUCAUCUUCACAUUCUUUCUAUGGUCUAUCUGUUUCUCUAUCUUCUCAUGAAAUAGUUCUGGUUUUGAAAAUAAUGCAAAAUCAGUCAACAUAGUGUACAAAUAAGAACACUACACUCACUUAUGUUUCAUGGUUCCUUCCUUCGCAUAAUUCUUGGGUGAAGAGACGAGACGCGUCCAGCUUGUCCUAACUUAAUUGGUUUAGAAGUGUCCGGUUUUUUUAGACGCUGUAUACGCGUGCUCGUUGAGUAGAUACUCCGCUGGCUACGUUCGC